AUGCAGAGUCUCCUUGGCACCCUGCAGCAGCAGGAAGUGGCCUCGACGUCGCGCGGCCGUGCCGUCAGCCCGGUCCAGAUUCGCGGCCCCGCCAGCCCGCUCGGUCAGCAAGGCGUUCAGCGGCAGCCGGCGGUCCGUCCCGGAAAUGACGCGAUGCAGAGCCUCCUCCGCACCCUCCAGCAGCAGCAACAGCCCGCCGGCACUGCAGCUCCCCGCGCCAUUAGCCCGGUCGGCCAGGUCCCGUCGGCUACUUGCCAGGCCGGCACCUCAACCCGCCGCCCAGCCGGAAGCCCGUCCCGUCGCAUCGCUAGCCCCUCGCGCGACGCCAUGCAGAACCUCAUCGCCCUGCUGCAGCCGAUCCAGAACCUGCAGCACGAGCCGGAAGCCGGAGGGCAGAAGCCAGAACCGGGCCCGAACCCCGGCCAGCGCGCCACUGGCUCUGGUGCCCCGCUCGAGCGCUGGAUCAUUGAGAAAAAGACCUCGUCCGUCGCGCUGAAGUGCCCUUCCGAAGUGCAGCGCCAGACGUCGGUGACGGCCCUCGACGUCUCGCCGCGCGAGCAGCCGCCCGCGACGCCGCAGGGCGCCGCGCUGCGCCAGCCGGUCACCCCCCAGGGCUCCUCGUUGGCCCCGGCGCGCUCGCCGCAGACGACCACGCAGCGCUCGUUGUACACCAGCAUUUCGUCGCCGCAGCUCAGCGCGCGCACCGGCAGCUCGACGACCACGGUGGAGAAUGUGCUGUCGACCACCACCGUCACGACGACCACCACCAGCCUGCUCGGCGACGGCGGCAAGCAGAGCGCUUUUGAGAAGUGGUUCGGCACGCUGAGCGUCGACCAGCGCCGCGCCUUCUACCGCGCCAUGGACCCACCGAAGAAGCGC